UUCGGGAAAGAGUGCUACGUGUAUUUUUUUUUUUAUGUAUUUUACCAGCCACCCAAUCCCUGAGGCUGGAAGAAUGUAUAAAAGGAAGCGCAAAGCUUUUCGAGCCUCAUUCACCAUCAGUUUUUCGAUCCUGUGAUCAUUCAACAUGGCUCAGGUGAAGUUUGCCGUGAUUUUGUUCGCAUGCUUUGCGGUUGCCUUCGGCACCGAAACGGACCUGGACGCGAUGGAGACGAAGCACCGUCAAAUGUCCCACUACCCCGCGCAGUCGCAUUACGGACCACCAAGAGCUAAAGCCCCUAAAGCCCAUAAAGCCCCCAAAGCCCCUAAGCAGCACUACGCGCCCGUUUACGCUGCUCCGGCUCCGUAUCACGCUAAACCGUCUUAUGCGGCGCCCGCUGCCGUAGCUUAUGCACCUGCGGCGCAUGCUGCUUAUUCGGCACCGGUCCAUCGCCCUCCUGUCUAUUCAGCACCAAAAGCUAAAGCUGCAAAGGCACCAAAGGCUGGCAAAGGCAAAGCUCAACACCCUCAGGCAUACCAUCCGGCUCCGGUCAUGAUUCCGAUGCCCUAUCGGCCACCGGUAGCUCCAGCUUAUGCCGUUCGACCUGUGUACGCUGCUCCUGCUAAAGCUAAGGCCCCUAAAGCGCCUAAAGGCAAAGCUCAUCGCGCUCAGGCCUAUUCCGCACCGAGACCAGCGUACGCCGCUCCGGCCUACGCCCCGGCCAAGGCCAAAGCGCCUAAAGCGAAGGGACACGGUAAACAGGCUUACCGUCCUCAAGCUGUUUACGCAGCUCCGAUGAAGGCUCAUGCGGGCACGUACGCACCUCCUUCUUAUCCGUCCCAUCCUGCCCCGUCUUAUCCGUCCCAUCCUGCCCCGUCUUAUCCAUCCCAUCCUGCCCCGUCUUAUCCGGCUCCUGCUGCUCCUGUUUACUCUGCGCCACCAGCACCUUCUUAUCCAGCUCCAGCACCUUCUUAUCCGGCUCCAGCUCCUUCUUAUCCGGCUCCAACAGCUCCUUCUUAUCCGGCUCCAACAGCUCCCUUUUAUUCGGCCCCAACAGCUCCAUCUUAUUCAGCUCCACCGGCUCCAGCUUAUUCAGCUCCAGCGGCUCCUUCGCAUCCAGCUCCUGCGGCUCCAACUUACUCAGCUCCACCAGCUUGGUCUUAUCCAGCUCCUGCGGCUCCGGCUUAUUCGGCUGCUCCCGUACACUCAGCUCCACCUGCUCCGGUGUAUCAAGCACCAGCAGCCCCCGCUUAUUCUGCGCCACCAGCACCCUCUUAUCCUGCUCCGGCUGCUCCUUCUUAUCCAGCUCCUGAAGCUCCAUCCUAUCCAGCCCCCGAAGCACCUUCUCAUCAGGCACCUGAGGUCUCCUAUCCUCCACCUCAAUCCGCUUACGGGUCAGCACCUCCCGCUCCUGAAUGGAGCGCACCUGCUGCACCUCCCGCUCCUGAAUGGACCGCACCUGCUGCACCUCCCGCUCCUGAAUGGAGCGCACCUGCUGCACCUGAAUGGACCGCACCUGCGACACCUGAAUGGACUGCACCUGCUACACCUGAAUGGAGCGCACCCCCAGCUCCUGAAUGGCCAGCCCCUCCCGCUCCUGAAUGGCCAGCCCCUCCCGCUCCUGAAUGGACAGCCCCUCCCGCCCCUGAAUGGAGUUCACCUGCAGAACCUUCGAAUCCGGCUGUACUUCCUUCCGUAUCCCAGGGCGGAUCCAGUUUGCUCGAGCUCCCUUGGCCGAAACCACUCGGUUGGACCGGCGAAUUAUCGCAAAUGAUGUUGCUCAUGAAUACGAAUGAAAUGGUGGUAGAGCCAGCCGUGCCCAAUUACGGGGCAGCUCCGGUGGCCCAGCCGGAAUCGCCCUCUCUAGUAGAAACGUCCUGGCCAGCGCCCGUCUACGGAGUCGGUCCAGUUGCCCCGAUGGAGCCGGAGAUUUUCGUUCAACCAUUCGAACCUGAAAUCACGUACGCACCGGCACCCGAGCCGGAAGCGCCAGCGGUGGAGGAACCUACGAUUUCGAUAGCCGAGCCAGCACCCAUGGUCGUCGAAGAGAUUCCGCAGGAGGUCGAAUACGUAGCCGUCGUUCCGGAAGCACCAGCACCGGAACCUCCGGCGCCGGAAGUCAUUUUUAUUGCCGAACCGAUCAUGACGACUACGGCAGCCGCUGAGCCUCUUGUUGAAGUCGUCGCUAUUGCCGAAACGAUCCUUCCGGAGGAAGCUCCCAUAGCUCAACCGGAAUUAGCACCAGUGGAACCGGUUGCUGAAAUUGAAUCCGUUCCCGAGGUCGACGUGGCAGCUCCGGAAGUUGUUCCAGAAAUCAUCGAAACUGCGUCGGAAGCUGCGCCGGAAUUGGUUGUUGUCAUCGCUCCGGCACCGGAAUUUGUUGAACCUGUGCCGGAAGUGGCUCCUUUCGUCGAAACGGUGACUGAAGGACCCGCAGUAAUUGAACCCGCACCGGAAACUGUUUUGCUCGUCGAAACUGCUUCGGAAGCUGUUCCCGAAGUCGUUGAUGUUCCAGAAGUUGCUGUUGAAGCCGUUCCAGAAGUCGUUGCUGCUCCGGAAGUUGAAGCCGUUCCUGAAGUGGUCGCUGCUCCUGAAGUUGCUGUUGAAGCCGUUCCCGAAGUUGUCGCUGCUCCGGAAAUUGUUGAAGCUGUUCCGGCUGUUGCACCUGUCGUAGCGGAAGUGACUCCGUCUCAACUGUACGUUGCCCCAACAGCACCAGCCCCCGCUCCCGAAAUUGCUAUUUCCAUGGUCACGCCCGCUGUUGAACCGGUCAGUCCCGCCAAACCGGUUGAGGAAGCACCGGUUUCACUCGCAGUCGAACCGGUUAUCGAACAACUAGCCGUUGUCCCUGAACCAAUUCAAACACCAGAAGUGCCUUCGGUUGAAUAUCUUCCACCAGCGGAAACUUCCAGCACUCCGCCUCUGAUCGCUCCAGUCGUCGAAGAGAUCGUUGCCAUCCCUGAAUUGAAACCGGAACCAGUCGUCGAAGAGAUUGUUGUCGUCCCUGAAUUAAAACCGGAACCUGUCGUCGAAGAGAUCGUUGUCGUCCCUGAAUUGAAACCGGAACCAGUCGUCGAAGAGAUCGUUGUCGUCCCUGAAUUAAAACCGGAACCAGUUGUCGAAGAGAUCGUUGUCGUUCCUGAAUUAAAACCGGAACCUGUCGUCGAAGAGAUCGUUGUCGUCCCUGAAUUGAAACCGGAACCAGUUGUCGAGGAAGUUGUUGUCACUACGAAACCCGAAGCUGUUCCAGAAUUAUCUCUGGAGUAUUUACCUCCUCUUCAAAUCACAUCCGUUCCAGAAAAGCCUCAAGUGAUUGAGGAAGUUGUUCUUCCUGAAACCAAACCGGAGUUGAAGCCUGAACCUGUCGUCGAGGAAGUCGUCGUCUCCGAGAAACCCGAUCAGGUCGUCAUCGAAGAGGUGGUCGUCACUGAAAAACCUGCCCAGGUACCCGAGUUAUCCUUGGAGUAUUUACCUCCGCUUGAAGUCAAACCGGCCGUCAUCUCGGAAGUCGCAACGAAAGCACCGGAAAUCUCCGUUCCAACAACCGUACCGACCAUCGUCAACGUAGAGCCUGAAGUUCCAUCCCUCGAAUAUCUUCCACCGUUAGCGGCUACGGCUAGAAAGCUACGACAGUCCCUGUGGAGGACUAAUUGAAAAUAAAGGUCAAAUCAAAAAAACAAAAAUAUUAAAAUACUAUGGCAGUCUGGAACAUCAAAAAACAUUAGCGUUCGCCAUUACUCAUUCACGUAGAUCAUAAAUUAUUUUUUUUUUGUCAACAUUAAUUUCAUUGUCGUGUUUUAAUUUUUCUCGUCGUGUUUUUUUGUUUUUGUUUUGAAUUCUGAUUUGAUUUUGAAUUUGUUUGAUAUCAAAUGCACCUUCCACUAGGGUCGGCUUUAGAGACUCGCUCAAUAUUCACGAAAAAAUAUACUGCACUUUCGCUCACAA